AUGAGAAUAAGAAAUAAAGCAAAUAUAGAUACACCUGCUGUGACUUCUGAUGGCCAUAAUACUCUUUUAUUCUGGCCACAACAAUAUUAUUUUAGUCAACUAUUAUUUCAAGAUAUACCAUUUAACAAUAAUAUUCACACAAAACAUAUGUUAAAUUUUUAUCAAAUAUUUAAAUUAACAAUUUUUGGUUAUGUUAAUGAUAGUAUUCAAUCAUUGACUGUUGAAGAAGGAAAUACAGAAAAUAAAUACAUUUUUCCUCUAGCAGAAGGACAAGGCAAACAGAAUGCAAAUGAUAUAUAUGUAAUUAAUCCAAUUAGAAAAUCAUUUAGAGUUAGAUUAUUAAUACUUAAGCAAGAUAAUUAA